AUGGUGCCGACUGCAUGUACGACGCCCGAGGUGGGAGAGGAAGGCGGCCUCCAAGCGAGGCAUGGGCCGACGAGGGAUGUCGUCGGCAUGGUCAAGGCUGUGCUUCCAUCGCAACGAGGCAAAGAUCAGCACGGCACUCCGCACCGAUGUCCAUGGGCGACCGGUGUGGCACCCACUGCAUCCCGAUUCCUCGUCCGGCAUAAUUACCGUACGGUGUGGCAUGCGAGGGCCUGCCCUCGUUGCGACCGCAAAGGAAAAGAUGGCGCGCCAACCAAGCCCAAGUCUAGCGUGUCGUGCUUGAUGGCCGAAGGGAUGGCCAGGGACGAGAAGAGGGCUCAGCUGAGCGACGGGAUUCAGAAGCGGUGUCGCAUCGCCAUGGCCGUCACCUGA